AUGUACGACGUGAUAGUCAUCGGUGCCGGGUGGUGCGGGCUCGUAGCCGCCAAAACUUAUCUUCAAGCAUGCCCUGAUGCGCAGGUCCUCAUUGUCGAUGGUGAUUCCAGCAUCGGCGGCACCUGGAGCAAAGAACGGCUCUAUCCACAUCUUGUAGCUGAGGCACAUCAUGGUCUGUUUGAGUUCUCGGAUCUUCCCAUGAGUGGUAACAGCGUCCUACCUGAUGGAAGAAUCCCGAGUGCGGCGGUCCAUGCCUACCUGGUGGAGUAUGCAACGAAAUACAACCUCAUCGAACGGAUCCGACUUAAUACCUGGAUCGAAAACGUACGGCGCGAGCCGCUUGCGGAUGACAACAGUCUCCACUGGACACUCACGGCGGCUGGCUCGCAAGAACAACUCCAAACCAAGAAGAUUAUCAUUACGACGGGGUUGACAUCGGAACCGCUUAUCCCGUCGCUGCCGGGCCGGGAAGAAUUCGAGGGCGAGGUGCUGCAUAGCAAGGCCCUGGGUCAUCCGCGGACCGUUGGUCGGAUUUCAGACCCGUCUGUUCGCCAUGUUGUGGUCUACGGAGGUUCCAAGUCCGCUUUUGACGCGGUGUAUCUGUUGCUGCGCGCUGGCAAGACGGUCGACUGGGUGAUCCGAGAGGAAGGUGGAGGGCCCUCGAUGAUGACGCCGCUCUCAAUCCUGGGCCAGCCAAGCUUCCGUCUCAAUAAUAGUCGCAUUUUGCCUCUCUUCUCGCCGCAUCCAUUUGGACCCCCCGGGGAACUUUCUUGGUGGCGACGAGUGGUCCACCAUCGUUCCGGGCGGUGGGCACAAUUCAUUGUCAUCAUGUUUUGGCGCGUCAUGGCCUAUCUGCUCCAACGCCCUUGGGGAUAUGACGCGAGCCCCAAUGGGCAACGUCUCAAGCCUCUCCUGGGACUCGACAGUCUCUUCUGGAGCCCCGCGACGCUGGGGGUCAUGACGCACCCAGAGUUGUGGGAUGAAAUCCAUUCCGGGCAGCGAGUGAAGAUCCACAGAGAAGCCAUCACCGGCCUUGGGAGGGACAAGCGCGUCAUCCUGAGCAGCGGCCGGGAGUUGUCGUCUGCGGAUUUGGUCGUGUGCGCCACUGGGUGGCAUGCUCGACAUUCAUUCUUCGCGCCGGAGGAUCAGCUGGCCGUCGGGCUGCCAUCCACCGCGUCGUUUGAUCCUGAGUCCCAACAGAGAUGGAUGGAUCUUCAGGGCACAGCGGAUCGGGAGAUCACAGAGGAGCUGCCAAUCCUCCAAAUGAAUCCAGUUCCUCCGCCUCCACUGCGGUGCGAGGAUGAUCAUCAUCUCUACCGCUUUAUCGCACCUAGUAGGGAGGUCUCGUCCCAUGAACGGUCUAUCGCCUUUGUGGGAUUCCUUCGCACGGCCGGUGCACCGAUUGUCUACGAGGCUCAGUCCCUAUGGGCGACGGCCUAUUUGACGGGCGCAUUAGAGGUGCCGGAAGCACCACAGCGUGAGCGUGAGAUCGCUCGAACGAACGCCUGGAUUCGUCGUCGAUAUCUUUGUGGACGCAAAGUGCCUUUUGCGUUGUUUGACUUUCUGCCGUAUGUAGAUAUGCUCUAUCGCGAUUUGGAAAUCAAUUCCCACCGAAAGCCAAAUCCGAUAGCGGAAAUCUGUGGUCUCUAUCGGCCGCAGGACUUUCGGGGUGUGGUAUCUGAGUGGCUGGCUAACCAACGAGCGAAGGAUAUGAAGGGCGUUGAAAAUGUAGUUGACAAGAGCUAG